AUGGCGAUUGACCUUGACUCCGACGUCGAGGUUGCGGGGAUGGCGGAGGAGCCAGAGGCAGCCCCUGCACCAAGCCCUGCUGCGCUGGCGGCAACCACCGCCGCUCCCGGAGCGGUGUCCGACGACGCGCCAGCGGCCACAGAUGCCGCCGGCACGGGUUCUUCUGCUACCCGGCAAGAGACGGCCCCUGCCGGGGGUGCGGCAACCCCACCUGCCCCGCAGUCCCCAGGCGCGGGUGAGGGGGAGGUUGCGGAGGAGGAGCAGCAGGAUGCUCCGCCGCAAGGUGACGACUCCCUGCCCAGCCAGACGGUGGUGGCGGGGGCUUCGUCGUCGACGGGGCACCGGUUCCUCGACGCUGUCCAGCAGCUGGCCUUCGUCACCUCCUUCUACCAGGUGAGCGAGCACCAUGCGAUCGUCAAGAGCCAGCUCGGCGAGGGCUUGCGCGUCAAGCUGGAGGUGCAGAUCAAGGCCACCAAAAGUGCGGUGACCGCGGGAGCCCGGCAUGAGACCCCGCUCAAAACCGCCAAGGACAAGGUGGCCCGGCUCGAGACCGAGCGGGCCGCUGUCCGGGAGGAGCUCACCAAGGCCAGCGAGGGCAAUGCGGCCAAGGCCGCGGAACUCGCGUCGCAGCUCUUUAGUUCUGCUUGA